AUGGCGACGCUUUUAAGACUCGACAUAGCCCCUAGUUUCCUUGCUUUCAACAGCCCCCGUGCCCAUACGGCGUUGAACCAUCGGUUCGCUUCUGCUACUCGCAGGAGGGCCACAGUUUCCGUCAGAACGAAGCCGUCGCCGUUAUAUCCCGCGGCGGUUUACUCUGACAGCCGUCGGAGAUACUACCCCGCCUUUGCCUCUGCUUCCUCGCUGGCGGUUGUGGAUACCGAAGAUUCCUUCGAUGUUUCCACUGAGAUUGCGCCUGACAAUCGAAUCCCGGCCACUAUAAUCACCGGGUUCUUGGGCUCUGGCAAGACGACAUUGCUAAAUCAUAUAUUGACGGGAGAUCAUGGGAAGCGCAUCGCGGUUAUCGAGAAUGAGUUUGGUGAAGUGGACAUUGAUGGAUCGCUCGUGGCUGCUAAAACUGCGGGAGCAGAGGAUAUAAUAAUGCUCAACAAUGGAUGUCUGUGUUGCACAGUUAGAGGUGAUCUCGUGAGGAUGAUUUCUGAAUUGGUCAAGAAGAAGAAAGGAAGAUUCGACCAUAUAGUAAUUGAGACAACAGGACUGGCGAACCCAGCCCCGAUUAUUCAAACAUUCUAUGCUGAGGAUGAUAUUUUCAAUGAUGUGAAACUGGACGGGGUUGUCACUUUGGUCGAUGCUAAGCAUGCUCGUUUGCAUCUAGAUGAGGUCAAACCCGAAGGAUAUGUCAAUGAGGCGGUUGAACAAAUAGCUUACGCGGAUCGUAUCAUAGUUAACAAGACUGAUCUUGUUGGUGAGCCAGAACUAGGGUCAGUGAUGCAGCGGAUAAAGACCAUAAACAGCAUGGCUCACAUGAAGCAGACAAAGUACGGCAAGGUUGACUUGGAUUAUGUCCUUGGUAUUGGAGGUUUUGAUCUAGAAAGAAUUGAGAGCUCUGUGAAUGAAGAAGAGAAGGAAGAUCACGAGUCUCAUGAUGAUCAUCACAAUGACCAUGACCAUGGUCAUGACUGCCAUGAUCACCACAAUGAGCAUGAUCAUGAACACGAGCAUCAUCAUUCUCAUGAUCACACACAUGACCCUGGUGUUGCUUCAGUCAGCAUAGUUUGCGAAGGAGACUUAGACCUCGAGAAGGCUAACAUGUGGCUUGGGGCGCUAUUGUACCAGCGUUGUGAGGAUAUCUACAGAAUGAAAGGUAUCCUCGCUGUCCAAGGCAUGGACGAGAGAUUCGUGUUUCAGGGAGUUCAUGAAAUAUUUGAAGGAUCACCAGACCGGUUAUGGAGGAAAGAUGAGACACGAGUCAACAAGAUCGUUUUCAUCGGCAAGAAUUUGAACCGGGAGGAGUUAGAGAUGGGUUUCAGAGCUUGCUUGGUUUGA